AGUACAUAAAGCGGCGUCUCUGAGCGAGAAGGGAGCAAUGACGUCACAAUUUGGCGACGAGGUGUUUGUGAAUUAAGGCGAUAAUCUGCGCGACCGGAGGUGGGAGGGGAUUGCACCGGCUGUUGGCAAAUUGAAAAAUGACCACCACUAACAAGACCCCUCCUGGUGCAGAUCCAAAACAGCUGGAAAGGACUGGAACUGUUCGAGAAAUAGGGUCACAAGCUGUUUGGUCACUUUCUUCCUGCAAACCAGGAUUUGGUGUGGACCAGUUACGAGACGAUAAUCUGGAAACAUACUGGCAGUCUGAUGGAUCACAGCCUCAUUUGGUGAACAUACAAUUCAGACGAAAAACAACAGUGAAGACGCUCUGUAUUUAUGCAGACUAUAAAUCUGAUGAAAGUUACACUCCAAGCAAGAUCUCUGUUAGAGUAGGAAACAACUUUCACAAUCUACAGGAAAUCCGGCAACUUGAAUUAGUGGAACCAAGCGGUUGGAUCCAUGUUCCCCUAACUGAUACCCACAAGAAACCUAUUCGCACUUUCAUGAUCCAGAUUGCUGUUUUAGCUAAUCAUCAGAAUGGAAGGGACACUCACAUGCGGCAAAUUAAGGUUUAUACACCAGUGGAAGAAAGUUCUAUUGGUAAAUUUCCUAGGUGCACCACAAUUGAUUUCAUGAUGUAUCGGUCAAUCAGGUAAACAACAGAUAGUUUUUUAUAUAAUUUAUGUAGUACUUUUUUAUAUAAUUUAUGUUGUACUUUUUUCUAAUUUUUAAAUAAAGGCUGAAAAUAUA